AUGUCUGCUCUAGAUAUCAACAAUUUGCAGAAUACCUUUCAAAAUGCUAUCAAUUUGUCUGGUUCAGCUGGUGCUGUUUCCACUUCUCCAACUCAAUCGUUCAUGGACACGCUCCCACGUCGUAUGAGUACUUCGAAGCACGCUAAGGUUUUGAAGCCAUUUUCAACUGGGGAUAUGAAGAUUUUGUUGCUUGAGAACGUUAACGAAACGGCUGUUUCCAUCUUCAAAGAGCAAGGUUACCAAGUUGAAUUUAACAAAUCCUCACUACCUGAAGAUGAAUUGAUCAAGAAGAUCGAAGAUGUACAUGCCAUUGGUAUCAGAUCAAAGACUAAACUUACUUCCAAUGUUUUGAAGCAUGCCAAAAAUUUGGUUGUGAUAGGUUGUUUCUGUAUUGGUACUAACCAAGUUGACUUGGAAUACGCUACCACCCACGGUAUUGCUGUUUUCAACUCUCCAUUCUCUAACUCUAGAUCUGUCGCCGAAUUGGUGAUAGCUGAGAUCAUCAGUUUGGCCAGGCAAUUGGGUGACAGAUCCAUCGAAUUGCAUACUGGUACAUGGAACAAGGUUUCCAACAAGUGUUGGGAAGUAAGAGGUAAGACCCUGGGGAUUAUCGGUUACGGUCACAUUGGUUCUCAAUUAUCCGUUCUUGCGGAAGCCAUGGGUAUGCACGUUUUCUACUACGACACCGUGACUAUCAUGGCUUUAGGUACUGCCAAGCAAGUCCCAACACUAGACGAAUUGCUAAAGAAGUCUGAUUUUGUCACAUGCCAUGUUCCUGCCACUGCAGAGACUAAGAACAUGUUAUCAGCUCCACAAUUCGCCGCCAUGAAGGAUGGCGCUUAUGUCAUCAAUGCUUCUAGAGGAACCGUUAUCGAUAUUCCUGCUCUCGUUCAAGCUUGCAAGGCCAACAAAAUCGCUGGUGCAGCUUUAGACGUCUACCCAAAUGAACCAGGUAAGAACGGUGCUGGUGCUUUCAACGACGACUUGAACAGCUGGACCUCUGAACUCGUCUCGUUGCCAAACAUCAUCCUAACUCCUCACAUCGGUGGCUCUACCGAAGAAGCUCAAAGUGCCAUUGGUGUUGAAGUGGCUACUUCCUUGACCAAAUACAUCAACGAGGGUAACUCUGUCGGUUCUGUGAACUUCCCAGAAGUCUCUCUAAGAUCUUUGGACUACGACCAAGAGAACACUGUGCGUGUCUUGUACAUUCACCACAACGUUCCCGGUGUAUUGAAGACUGUCAACAAUAUUUUAUCCAACCACAACAUUGAAAAGCAAUUUUCCGACUCCAAUGGUGAUAUUGCCUACUUGAUGGCCGACAUCUCUAGCGUAGAUCAAAGCGAUAUCAAGGACAUUUACACCCAAUUGAACGAAACCGACCCAAAGAUUUCCAUCAGGUUGCUGUAUUAA